GUGUAGGAGUAAACUUUGAAUAAACUGUCCUCUGAAAUUCAAUCCUACCUUGCUAUUUCGAAGAAACGAGAAGUAAUAUACUGACCUACUGUCAAGAAUAUCCUCAGAACUUUGCGGAACAAUAUGGCAUCGCCAAGCGAGCCAAGCAUCGACCAUUGGAGUAUACCUCUGACAGCUUUGAACAUUAAUGUCAGAAAAAGAUUGAGUUUGUUCUUAAAUCCAACAAAUACUGUGGCCUCAGAUUGGAUGACGAUUGCCGAAAUGAUGGGGUUUUCCUACUUGGAGAUUAAGAACUACGAAAAAAGAGAAAACCCUACUAAAAGUAUUCUAGACGAUUGGCAAGCCCGAUGUGCCGAGGCCAACGUUGGAAAGUUUUUGUCAAUACUUGAAGAAGCAGACAGAAAAGAUAUCCUUUCGGAAUUGAAAAACUCUAUAGAUGAUAACUGCAGAAUGUAUUUGGAAAAGCAAAAAGAGCGAGAGGAACCGCCCGUGCAGGUUCCAGAAGUUGACAGCUGGGUUUCCCGGAAUUCUGAGUCUCAGGCUAUCACUAUCAGGGACAGUCCCUUAGGCCCCAGUCCAGAAACCUUUGAUGCAUUCAUCUGUUACUGUCAGAGUGAUUUUCCCUUUGUCGAUGAGAUGAUACGGCAGCUGGAGCAGACUGAAUACAGCCUGAAGCUUUGCGUUUUCGACAGAGACGUCCUCCCGGGCACUUGUGUGUGGACCAUCACAGGGGAACUUAUCGAAAGGAGAUGUAAGAGAAUGGUUGUGGUGAUUUCUGACGAUUACCUUGAGAGCGAUGCUUGCGAUUUCCAAACUAAGUUUGCCCUCAGUCUGUGUCCAGGGGCGCGCUCCAAACGGCUCAUCCCUGUUGUCUACAAACCCAUGAAGAGGCCUUUUCCCAGCAUCCUCCGCUUCCUGACUGUCUGUGACUACACCAGACCCUGCACACAAGCCUGGUUCUGGAUUCGACUUGCUAAAGCCCUGUCCCUCCCCUGAGCUGGUCUCCAUGGAUACAGAGCUGAUCACCUGAUGGCAGUGUACAGAGGUGGCUCAUGGCUGCUUUUGUGGGUUUUUUUUUUUCUUUCUCUAAUUGACUGUUUACAUGGGAGGACUUCCCCAGAAUACACAACUGGUCUACUUUUUGUACAGUCUCUGGUGUAUUUCAAUUCGUGCAAAGACUUUACUGAUUGUAAAGCACAGCAUUUCACUUUUCAUUAUGUAUUAAGCAGGUUUUCUCCCAGUGUUUCUUGUCUUGUUCCUCACCACUCAAAGUGUGCAUUAAGAAACUUUUUCAUU